AUGCACGGCGCGCAAUUUGAAACGGACGCGUACGCGCUCGUGCACACCAUCCCCGGCGCAAUUCCCGGCGUAGUGAAUGCACAUACAGGCGCAGAAGAUGGAGGAAACGAUGGACAGGCAUAUCCAACCCAGGCGCACAUGCGUGUAGUCCUGUUGGAGCAGCUGUACGGUGGCACGUUCUCGCUUGAAAAUUCGGUGUGGCCAUCGUGGCGCGCGUGGCUCGAGACGGCGCAGUACCCCACGGACGCGCAUGUGCAGUUCCUUAGCGAGCUGAUCCGGAUGAAUGGCUCUACAACUGAUGCACGUUUUUUCCUCGAGCAUCCCGUGGCGUGGGACAGGGAGCACGGACGCAAGUUCCGCGCUAGCGUCUUUUCCCUCACCUAUUGCCCCUACUCGCGCGCGGCCAAGGCGCGCCUCAGUGCACUCCAGGCCAACUUUUCUAUUGUCGAGGCCGACGAAAUUGGAUCAAGUGGUCAAGUUACUUCAUUCAAGAGUCUGUUAAAAUUAGUGACGGGGCACCCCACGUUUCCCAAGGUGUUGCUCAAUACAAAGGUGCUGUUAGACGAGGAUGGUCUGUUAGUCGGCAUGCUCCGCGAUGCAGGCGCACUGCCGAAUGUAAUGUAG